GUCUUCAAUUGUUUUGGCGCCGGCGUUCAAAUCCAAUAUGGCGGCCAAAGUUGGCGAUGUUGUUUUCAAAGCAGGCGAGGCAAUAGAUAUGGAAGAAUUUUGGGAUGACAGUGCAUUAAUCAAAGCUUAUGAGAAAGCAGUUAAUUCAUUCAAGUUCGGUACAGACGAAGAUAAAACUGAGAAGAUAAACCAACCUCACCAAACCUACAAUGGCAAAAAGAAGAAAAGGAGGAGAAGACGGUCAAACAAGAGAGACAUGAAAAGUUCUUGUGAUGAAGUUGAUGAUGACACUUCAAACUGGAGUGUUGGAGAUAAAUGCCUUGCAGUCUUCUCCGAAGAUAGAUUGAUUUAUGAAGCAGAGAUCAUAGAGAUUUGUUCAGACAUUGAGAACAUGUGUGUUGUGAGGUAUUUGGAAUACGGCAAUGAAGAACAGCAGUACCUUACUGAUUUGAUGAAGUCCUGUCCUUAUUCUCACCAGAGUGAGGAGGAUUCUAAUGCUGGUUGCUCCAGUAAUAAUCAAGACACAGACACACAAAAUUGGAAAGUGAGCGACUUCUGUGUUGCACCAGAGCCACCUUACCAACAUUAUCAUGAAGCUGUUAUCAACUCGUUCUCAUCUUCAUUAACUUGUAAAGUCACAUUCCUAAGAUCACGGAAAAGUCAUGAGGUUUGUGUUAGGGAUCUGAAAAGGUCUUGUGAUUUCAAUCAAAAUACCAGUGCUCAUCAACCACAUUCCAAUUUGAAUUUUAUCCCACCCACAUUUCCAUCCUCAACUAUUAGGGGUAUACCUCCACCCCCAGUCCCCCCACCUCCUCCUCCAAUAUCUCUGGAUGAUAUUCAGGGUGAUGAGGAAUCACUAGCAAGCAUGUUGAUGUCAUGGUAUCUAAGUGGUUACCAUACUGGAUAUUUUAAGGCUGUACAACAAUUUAAGAGAAAUCAUUUAUCACAAUCAACAAAUCAACCUGCCUGCCAUUCAAAUGCCAAUCCUCAUUCUCCAGGACCUUGUAUGGACAUGAAGGAGUAAUGUGACUUUUAUAUCCCUUAGCGACAACCUGCAAUCCUUCCAACCUCGUACCCAGGGCCUUCUCGUAGGGGAAGAGGGGGUUGCAAUCCUUUUGAGUUCAAUGAAAUUUUAGAAAUUCAGUAUUUAAGUUUUUGCACACUAUUGAGUAAAUAAAUAUCUUUUGU